AUGUGGCUUCUCAAUACGAAGACCCUCGCCCUCGAGAGCUUCACGGACCCAUCAGAGGUUGGGUACGCGAUACUCUCGCACACAUGGGACAACGGCGAGGUCUCUUUCCAGGAAAUGACCUCCGCCACUAUUGCAACGACGACCAAGAGCAAGGCAGGCUUUGAAAAGGUCGCAAAGACUUGUGAGAUUGCAAAGGAGGUGGGCCUGGGAUACGCGUGGGUCGACACCUGCUGUAUCGACAAGUCCAGCAGCGCCGAGCUCAGCGAAGCCAUUAACUCCAUGUUUCGAUGGUACCAGGAGGCGAAGGUCUGCUUGGUACUUCUCUCGGAUCUCCGCCCGGAAGUUGGCGGCACUGGGCCUGGGAUCUAUGAGAUAUCCGACCUGUCUAGGUGUAGGUGGUUCACUCGCGGCUGGACGCUGCAGGAGCUAAUCGCGCCGGCCGAUGUGGAGUUUUACGAUGCUGGGUGGAAGUUGAGGUUCUCCAAAGACACAUGGUCGGGGUGUCUAUCGACGAUAACCAACAUCAAUAUCGACAUCUUGACAUUCGAGAAGGAACUAUCGGCUGUUCCCGUAGCCGUCAAAAUGUCCUGGGCAGCACAUCGCCGAACGACCCGUGUCGAGGAUCGGGCCUAUUCCCUCCUCGGGCUCUUCGACAUCCACAUACCCAUGAUCUACGGCGAGGGCGCCAAGGCCUUCCAGCGGCUCCAGGAAGAGAUUGCCAAGGGCACGGACGACUUGUCGCUUUUCGCCUGGGUAGCAGUUGAUGAAGAACAGCGGUAUAGAGGCAUAUUCGCCAAAGAACUCGCGGAAUUCACAUUCUGCGGUAAUUAUAUGCGAUACAGCCAAUUUGCAUUGGCCCGGAUCGAGUUCUCCAUCACCAACAAGGGCGUCCGAUUUACAGACAUCCUGCGCAUGGACACAGAGGCAAGCGCCACUUGGUGGCUCCCUUUUGGAACACAAGGCAACUGCCAAAUCUGUCGCUGUUCACAUCGCAUUCACAUCGGCCUGGUUUUCACCGCCGAGGGUUGGGUCCGCGCGACGCCGGGGCGCUGCCGGUACGAGGGUGAGGGGCCGCUAUCUGAUGGCUUGAUCGACAUAUGCGUCAGGAAGACGGUCUCAAGCUCAGAGAGCCGGAGACUCGAGCAGCGGCCAGGCCACUUCUUCAAGCUGGACUGGCCUCAGGGAGACCUUCUCAACAGGCAUGGCACGCUUCUCAUGGUCGAGCCCAGCGACCUCUGGGACCCCGUCCAUCGGGGAUUCGUGGGGGAAGCCCAGACCGAAGACUUUGGGGGCGUCAUCAAGAUGUCUUUGCGCGUUCUGCCGGCGGAUGUCGUAGUCUUUCUAUUUGUGUACAAGGCCAAAGGUCAACCCCCCAAAGUCCAGCUAUUCCUGAUCCCAGAUGGGCCCUGGGAGCUGAAGGAGGGCCAAGUGUUCUCGAAAGUGCAUAUGGAGUUGUCCCGGCUAUAUUUCUCCCCUAGGAAUGUGUCGUCUGCGCGAGCCACUGCCGAUGACCGCCAGUUCCCUGUCGAUGUGACCUUCACGGCAGAAGUGGACGAGGAAAUGCGCCUGAUAGUAUCUUGUAAAUAUAUCAAGGGCUCUCAAAGGGCACAGGAGCAGGAAGGGCUUCCAUUACCAACGUAUAGAUCCACGCAGAGGCUUUCGGAUGAAACCGAUAGUCCACAUGUGGGAGGUUUGGGAUAG